AACUGAGAAGACACUUGGAGAGACAGUGUUCAGCAGAACCGAGGACGACAACAAACCUGCUCCAUCUGUUGAGGACAUAGCCUUUCUAAAAAAAAAUGGACACAAGCGUCUAUAGAAGCGAUGAUAACAGCUGGGUGGCCCCCCUACCGUUUAGAGAACCACGCAAGCCAUUGCCAAACAACAAGGAGCAAGUCGUUAAUCGUUUAACAAGUCUGCAACGAACUCUGAAAAGAAAACCUGAGAUGCAGCAACAGUAUGUGGAAUUCAUGGAAAGGAUCUUUACCAAUGGACAUGCUGAGGUAGCGCCACCACUGAAAGAAGGGGAUGAAUGCUGGUACCUUCCUACAUUCGGGGUUUAUCAUUCCCAAAAACCCAAUCAGAUCAGGGUGGUCUUUGAUUCCAGUGCUCGAUACUCCGGCAUCUCUCUCAAUGAUGUGCUCCUCACAGGGCCCGACCUCAAUAACUCCCUUGUUGGCGUCCUGCUACGCUUUCGGAAAGAGAAGGUUGCAAUCCUAGCGGACAUUCAGCAGAUGUUCCAUUGUUUCUUGGUACAUGAAGACCAUCGUAACUUUCUCCGUUUUCUAUGGUACAAGGACAAUGAUGUGAACAAGGAAAUUAUUGAGUAUCGAAUGAAGGUCCAUGUCUUCGGUAAUCGACCAUCUCCUGCCGUGGCCAUUUACGGACUGCGGAGAGCCAUCAGAGAAGGUGCACAGGAGCAUGGUGCCGAUACAGUCAAGUUCGUGGAGAGACAUUUCUAUGUUGAUGAUGGUUUGUUAUCUGUACCAUCCGAAGCUGAGGCAAUCGACUUGCUCAAAAGAACACAGGCCUCACUAGCUGAAUCAAACCUCCGUCUGCACAAGUUUGCUUCGAACUCUCAGACAGUUAUGGAAGCCUUUCCGCCAGAAGAUUGUGCCCCAGUAAUCAAGGACCUAGACCUAAGUGGAGAAACUUCGCCCACACAACGGAGUUUAGGUCUGCUAUGGGAGAUCACGAUCGACACAUUCACUUACUCUGCAUCAACAAUUACCAAACCAUUCACCCGGCGUGGUGUCCUCUCCACUGUAAACAGUGUUUUUGAUCCUUUGGGUCUGCUGGCACCCGUCACGAUCCAGGGAAGAGCCCUUCUCAGAGAACUUACCUCUGAACAGCCUGACUGGGACACACCUCUCUCUGAGAAUGAAUUAAGCAAAUGGCAAGCCUGGAAAGAUUCUCUCCAAGACCUAGAUCGGCUUCAUGCUCCACGUGCAUACACAACAACCUCACUAGUCGAAACAGUGCACACAGAAUUGUGUGUAUUCUCAGAUGCAUCUACCAAGGCCAUAGGUGCUGUGGCAUAUCUGAAAGCACUUCAGAAAGAUGGACAAGUAGAAGUAGGAUUCGUCAUGGGCAAGGCAAAAUUAGCACCCCUGUCUGAACCUACAAUCCCAAGGCUCGAGCUCUGUGCUGCGGUCUUAGCAGUAGAGAUGGCAGAUCUCAUUAAGGACGAGCUGGAUCUGGAGCUAAAUGAUAUAAAGUUCUUUACCGACAGCAAAGUGGUGCUCGGCUACAUUUACAAUGAGUCAAAACGAUUCUAUGUGUAUGUCCACAACAGAGUUCAACGCAUCCAUCAGUCCUCAAAACCUGAGCAGUGGCACUAUGUGCGCACAGAAGAAAACCCUGCAGAUCAUGCAUCACGAUCUUUACCUGCACUAUGCUUGGCACAGAGUUCAUGGUUUACAGGUCCCUCCUUCCUGCGUCAGCCACCUCCAAAAAAGACACAAACGACUGAGAUGUUCGAACUAAUUGCACCCGAAAAUGACCCAGAAAUACGACCACAAGUACAAACAUGUAUUACUAACCUGAAAGAACCAGAGUUUACCUCUUACCGAUUCCAGCGGUUCUCCACCUUCACCUCCCUAUUAAGAGGAAUAUCAUUUCUAGUUCACAUAGUAAAAUCCUACAAUCACACCAACCAACACAGCAAAUGCAAAGGUUGGCACAGAUGUGACUUACACCGUACUCCAGACGAAAUUAACCAAGCAAGGAAUGUUAUCCUUAAAGCAACACAAAGGGCUACAUUUGCAAACGAACUGACGGCCCUCCAAGGUAACCAAGCCGUACCCAAAAGUAGUCGCUUAAGGAAACUCAGUCCAAUCUUGGAGGACAACUUAAUUUGUGUUGGAGGACGACUAAAGUACUCUGAGCUUGCAACUGCAGAAAAGAAACCAAUAAUUCUCCCCAAAGAUAGCCACAUAUCAUUAUUGCUCAUUCGACAUCACCAUGAGCAAGUGAAACAUCAAGGCCGUCACCUGACAGAAGGAGCUAUCAGAGCAGCGGGACUGUGGAUCCUGGGAGGCAAGUCAUUAAUUAAUUCAGUACUUCACAAAUGCAUAACCUGUCGCAAGCUGCGUGGAAAGUUGGAAGAACAACACAUGUCAAACCUGCCACCUGAACGUCUAAAGGUCUGCCCUCCAUUUACAUAUGUGGGGCUCGACGUAUUUGGACCGUGGUCUGUCACAAGCAGACGCACCAGAGGAGGACAUGCGGAGAGCAAGCGGUGGGCCAUCAUGUUCUGCUGCAUGAGUUCAAGAGCAGUGCACAUCGAGGUCAUUGAAUCAAUGGACACGUCGAGUUGCAUAAAUGCUCUCAGGCGCUUCUUUGCACUCAGAGGCCCUGCUAAACAGCUCCAUUCCGAUUGCGGUACCAAUUUCAUUGGAACGUGUAAGGAGCUCGGAAUGGACAAAGUGGUGCAGAAGUACCUCAGCGAGCAAGGAUGCAGCUGGGAAUUCAACCCACCUCACAGUUCUCACAUGGGAGGCUCGUGGGAGCGCCUGAUAGGCAUUGCCAGAAGAAUCCUAGAUUCAAUGUUUCUCCAGCUGAAAACACGUUUAACCCACGAAGUUCUUUGCACACUAAUGGCAGAAGUUACUGCUAUCAUAAAUGCACGACCACUCGUACCCGUGUCUGCAGACCCAGAACAGCCAUUCAUACUUUCACCAUCUAUGCUCCUCACACAGAAGACAGGAGUUCCGCCUCCUCCCGGGGACUUUACGGACAAGGACUUGUACACAAAUCAAUGGAGACAAGUUCAGGCUCUCGCAAACCACUUCUGGACCCGCUGGAGACGAGAAUACUUACCUUGCUUACAGCACAGGCCAAAAUGGACGGUACCUCGCAGAAACCUACAAGUCGGAGAUCUGGUUCUGCUCAGGGACAAGCAGACAUCUCGCAACUGUUGGCCCAUGGCCAGAAUUUCAGCCAUAUUUCCUGACAAGGACGGCCAUGUAAGAAAGGUUGAAGUCACCACGACUGACCAAGGCAAUAUAGAAACCUUUCUAAGGCCAAUUGUAGAGGUCGUCCUUCUUCUACCGAAAGACUGAUCUAGGGACUAAGGUUUAGCACUUUUACAAGUUCAUAGUGACCUUACAUAGGUCAGGCGGGGAGUGUGUUGUCCUGUAAGGACUUUAAUAUUUAUAUGUGUGCUUUAAAUAUUUUUGAUAAAUAUUCCUCUAUAAAAAUGUAAAGUUUAUAAUUACUUUAUCUACUUAAUUUGUAAAAAUAUAUGGUUCGUUUUAUGCGAUGUCACUUCCGGUUUUGCUACUUCCGGUUUCGCCACUUCCGGUUAGCGCUCAGUGCUCAAUCUUGCAAUGAAACCGGCAUGGCGUGCUCUUUAUAGUAUCCAGCGCAUCCACUAAAAACAUCAUAGAGGCAAUGCCUUUUCACCGUACAAUGUAAAUGAGAGAGUGACAGUAAAGGGUAAAUCUUA